AUGGUGCUCGGGCAUGGCGUCCAGGCUGCAACUACGGCCAGCAGGGGUGAAUCAGCUGGAGUGAAGCGCACUGCGGUAGAGGAUGUCCUGGCAGCUUUGAGCAUGGAGACGUCUGAGGGAAGUAUACCCGACCCAUCCAAGCAUUUGAGACAGAGGAGCAAGAUGCACGAGGUGGAGAUGGACGAGAACAAGGUGGUGAUGCACACACGGCGGGGCAGCACGGCAGUCGGCGUGACCCCCAGCGACCCCUCCGCCAUCGUAGACCUGUUUCAAGAGGUGGAGUCUAUCGGGAGCACCUACUUGCCGCCAGACGAGACCGACUCCGAGGACGAAGAUAGCAGCCACCACAAGGCCGCCGACGCUGCCGCCGCCACCGCCGCCGACGCCGCCUCGGGAGGUUCCGCCGCCGCCUCGAGCGACCCGCCGGGGCAACAGCAGCAGUCGAACGCCGACUCGGCGUCCUCGAUGGUAGAGCCGGCCUGGGGAUCGGGCGGGGAUCCGCAGGCCCCGAGACCGUAUUGGCCCACUGACGAGGAGGCGGCGGGGGUGGCUUCGGGCGAGGGGGGCGCCGUGGUUAUGCUCGGUGGGAAGGAGGGGGGAGUCGAGGCAAACGGGAAGAGCGGAGAACCCCGCUGGAGCAGAAGGUCGAUUAAAAUUGGGUCCUCGGUGGGAUGCGGCGAGCAGAGGCUGCAUGGAAACUCACAUCGUCAGAAGACGCAGAGCCAGCAGCCGGGGCACCAUCAAGAGCAAGCAGCGGCAGCGGGGGUCCCCGAGCCGCCGCCGGUGCGGCCGGGUCUCCCUCCCCCGCGAGGGUCUUCCUCAGCGCUGCAAGCGACCUCGGUCAGCGAGUCGACGCAGGCGCCGCUCCGCCGCAAGACGUCGAUGGGGUCCUUCCAGAAGGGCAUGGGGGAGAGCCUAACGGGCAGGCUUCGCAAGCAGCUGGACAUCCCGGACGCCCCGAAGCGGGAGAUCGAUACCAACAUCCCCGUAAAACAAAUACAGAGCUUGAAGUACCUCGCACAGGUGACGAGUUGGGUGUAG